AUGACCACUUGGGCAUAUCCACCAAUACUCCCGGAGCAGCUGGAGCAUGAGGCAAACCGCGCGUUGGAAAGAGAACUAGAAUGGCUCCUGCGCUCCCUACAAGACUCGCUCGCUUCCUUGAAAGAAGGUCUCCGUGACUGCGCUGCAUUGCUUGCUCCGAAAGAACCGGGCUCGACAUUGGUCCUGUCAUCGCUACGGUCUGAAAAUGUGAAAGGCUUCGUGACGAGAGUCGGGACAAAGAUUGUGAAAGGGGAUAUCCAACUUCGAUUAAACUCCCUUCCCUCAUCCCGUGGCGCGGCAGGUACACGACUAUGCUUGUCGACCUCCCCCGCCGCCCCAGAACUCGUGCUCGACCAAAUGGUUGCUGUUAGGGAUUCGGUCAACCAGUGCCUCGAUAUAGUCGACGUUAGCACCUGGACUGGUGACCCGUUGAAUGCUACCUUUAUUUACAGUCAAUUGCACCUUUUGCAUGAAACCAUCACGGAGGCGCGGCAGAUGCUGAAAGGUGAAGAUGAUGUCAAGAGCAAGUGGUGGGAGACAAGUGCAGACGAGAACAUGUUCAAUCCCCCACUACCGCCCUAUCUCUCGUUCCACCUCUCUAUUGCCGAUUCGGCCCUUCUGCUAUGCCUCAGAACUUUGGAAACUACUGCAACUGCGCAUGCACCAACAGCCUUUGCUUCUGACAUUUCGUUAACUGGGUUCAACAUACGAGACCGACUCUUCGGGGCUAGGCAACGCCCUCACGACGAGGCAAACGACCUGUUUACAUGGAAGGGCGAGGAGGUGAGAGUCAAAGAAAAGAUUCGCUCGGCCCGUCACGAAAAUCGCAAAGAUGAGAUCUACGGCUUGAUCGACAAAAUCAAUGAGACAGAUGGGGAGCUGGCUGAGCUAAUGGAGGAUCUGAGUGUUCCGGAUGAAUAUUCUGGAGCUCUCAGUAUCGACGGUCCGGAAUUAGACAAUGCAUUCAGUGAGACUAUCGGCCAUCGAGACGAGCAAGCGCUAGAAUCGCGAGUUAGGACGGCAAGACAACAAUUUGGUGAUGAAUUACCGGAUGAUUAUUUGAAUGCCACGGAACUGAGACUGUACACACAGCUGUAUGGCGAGCCAAUCAUUCGAGCGGAACAGUUAAAAGUCGAACAGGAUGUCGAUGAGGAGCCCGAUAGACUUUAUCGUGAGGACGGGGAGGGUGGAUGGGAGGAAAUUGAAGUCGAGCCGGAAGAAGAGUCAGACGAGCCCAAGGUGGUCUACGACAUGGAAGUUGGUCCGCCAGUGAAGGAGACCAUUUCAAUGCAGCGGACAAGGGAGGUGGCCGAACAGCUUGGUGGAGAGAUCAUGCUGGAGGAAUUAAAAGACGAGGCAGCGGAUUCUACGCCACGUCUGCACCCUCUGACAACCGAAGGGAAAUUUGCGACACAUCCCAAAACCGUGAAUAUGCCAAAGGACAGCAUGACCAUCCCCAUCACUGCUGUCCUUUCCAACUACUCCAACAGACACGUUGCAGAAGUUGCGCAUCGCGUUUUUGGUGGAAGAUUGCUUCCCCAUUCUACGACAACGCCCCCUCCGCGCGCACAGAUCCCCCAGCUUCCGAUCCCUCUGCAGGCUUCCCAGCGUCACAUGGGUGAGAUGGAGGCAAACGCAUACAUCGCUGCUCUUUAUCCUGGAAUUUAUGCAUCUGCGCUGAGCACCUUGGUGGAGACUCGCAAGCGCCUGGGAACGGAUUGGAUACGCCGCUUGAUGACACAGGACGGUGGCCCGAAUGUGCUUGAUGCGGGUGGUGGAGGUGCUGGUAUUUUAGCUUGGAGAGAUGUUCUCCGUGCUGAAUGGGAUGCCAUGUACCCUGAUCGCUCGAAUACAGAACCUGUCCUUAUGGGUAGGUCAACUGUGAUUGCUGGGUCUGAAUCUCUUCAAGCACGUGCAAGUUUGAUGCUGGAAGAUACGACUUUCCUCCCUCGACUUCCGGACUAUGUCCAUGCGCGUGAGAAGCCGACUUUGGAUGACGAGAGAACUCCAAGGCGGAAACAAUAUGACAUCAUUAUCGCACCUCACACAUUGAUGGAAAUCGAUGAGGAAUAUCUGCGGAGGCAACACGUUGAGAACCUGUGGGCUCUCCUCAACCCCAAUGGUGGUGUACUGAUCCUCCUCGAAAAAGGCCGCCAAAAAGGCUUCGAGGCUAUCGCUGGUGCGCGUGAAAUGCUCCUCAACCGCUACAUCUCCAGCCCCGGGUCUACAGUGUAUGAUAACACGUUAGAUUCCCCCAACGACAGCACCACAGUGCGAAAAGAAACCGGAAUGAUUGUUGCUCCUUGUACAAAUCACGAAAAGUGCCCGAUGUACAACGGCCCGGGAAACAAGGGCCGUAAGGACUACUGCCACUUCGAACAACGAUACAUCCGACCACCCUUCCUGCAGCGCAUCAUAGGAGCCAGAGAUCGCAACCACGAAGAUGUCCAAUUCAGCUACGUCGCUGUCCAGCGCGGUAGAGAUCUGCGCCAAAGAGACGGGAUCGUGCAGGGUCCUCAGGCCGUGGAGGCCGCUUUUGCUGGCUACGAACACCUCUACGAUAUGGCCGCCGAAGAGGGCCUUCCUGAAGAGAGCUCCGAAACCGAAGCUGAAGCUUCAUCCGCACCACAGGACACGAACGUUCUCAUGGCUGAGCAGAGAUCGACAGAACCCACCGAUCCCUUCCACUCCCUCUCCCUCCCUCGCGUCGUCUACCCGCCCCUCAAACGUCGCGGCCACGUCGUCUUCGACUUCUGCACGCCAGCAGGUCAAAUCGAGCGCUGGACCGUCCCCCGCUCAUUCAGCCGCCAGGCAUACAAAGAUGCCCGCAAAGCCCGCUGGGGUGACCUCUGGGCUCUAGGAGCGAAGACACGAAUCCCCCGAAAAGUUGUGAUGGGCGAUAAGCACGGUGACGGAAAGAAGGAGCGGUUAGCGAAGCGCGCUGCUGCGAAGGAAGCGAUGCGCGAUGAAGAGGAAGGAUUUGAUGAGGGUGAAGACCCGGAGGAAGGUUCGAAGAAAUUGCCGGAUUUGCCGAUUCCAACUAAGAAGAAGGGAAUAACUGUGCCAAGUUGGAAGAAGCAUGCGGAUAAAAAGACGUUGAGACAGGCUUCGAAGAAGCGUUCUAUCGUUCAGUUGGCGGAUGAUAACUGGCAGUGA